AUAUAUAAAUGCUGUCACCUACAUGCACUAGUUUAAUUUGUUAGAAGUUAAUUUUAGCAUCAUGCAUUCAGCAGACUUGAGCAAUCCUCUAAUUAAUUAACAGAUGAUAAAUUCUUUAGAUCGAUAUGAUUAUUAAUCCCCCAAUCGAUUGAUUAUAUGUAUAUAUACACUCACCCGCACUUGAAUCAAUCAAUCUAUUCUGCUAAUAAUAAGCAAAGUAAGCCUCUGAAUUCAUUCCAUUCAUUCUGAUGAGGAGGGCAUCGGUGCUCCUUUGCACCCUGCUCCUCCUCCUCCUCGGCUCCCUGCUGCUGCAGGCGAGCGCCCAUGGCGGGAUCGACGACGGGGACGGCGAGGUCGACACGCCGCCGCGGCCGGAUUCCUCUUCCUCCAGAAAGGGCCUCAUCGCCGUCAAGGUGUGGUGCCUGGUCAUCCUGUUCGUCUUCACCUUCCUCGGCGGGGUGUCGCCCUACUUCUACCGCUGGAGCGAGGCCUUCCUCGUGCUGGGCACCCAGUUCGCCGCCGGCGUCUUCCUGGGCACGGCGCUGAUGCACUUCCUCGCCGACUCGGCCAGCACCUUCCACGGGCUCACCAAGAACCGCUACCCCUUCUCCUACAUGCUCGCCUGCGCCGGCUUCCUGCUCACCAUGCUCGCCGACUGCGUCAUCGCCGGCGUCACCAGGAGAAGCCGCGACCGCGACGAGAGGGUGGUCAACGACGUCGGCGAGGCCGAGCAGCAGCAGGAGGAGGAGGAUGGACGUGAUGUCCAUGCCCAUCAGGGCCAAGAACAGCACCACCGCGACCGGAAGGAUCAUCAGUACCCGAUGCUGGUCGUCCGGACGUCGUCCUUGGAGGACGCCAUCCUGCUCGUCUUGGCGCUCUGCUUCCACUCCAUCUUCGAAGGGAUCGCCAUCGGCGUGUCGGCAACGAAGGGCGAUGCGUGGCGCAACCUGUGGACGAUCGGGCUGCACAAGGUGUUCGCGGCGGUGGCCAUGGGCAUCGCGCUGCUGCGCAUCGUCCCGAAGCGGCCCUUGGUGGCGACGGUGGCCUACUCGGUGGCGUUCGCCGCGUCGAGCCCCGUGGGCGUGGGCAUCGGCAUCGGCAUCGACGCCACGGCGGAGGGGCGCGCGGCGGACUGGAGCUACGCCAUCGCCAUGGGCUUCGCGACGGGGGUGUUCGUGUACGUGGCCAUCAACCACCUCAUCGCCAAGGGGUACCGCCCCCAGGAGCCCACCCGGGCGGACCGACCCUUGCUGCGGUUCCUCGCCGUGCUCCUCGGCGUCGCCAUCAUGGCCGUCGUCAUGAUCUGGGACUAGCAUACUGAUGGAUCGAUAAUCGAUGCAUCAGUUUAUUUGGUCGAUCUCAUGCGCGCAUCUUUAUUUGCUACAUACCUCUCCACACACACACACAUCAUGCAUCAUGCAUGUCUGUAUCUAUUUUUAUUUCUUGUUACCUUUGUGAGUGUGAAUGAAUAAGAGCAUCAUCAGUUUAUUUCAUUUCA